CCACCAUUUGAACGAGUAGAUUAUAUGGUACGCUUCUACCAAACGUGGGAUUUUUUCCGUCCAUCCACCCACAUCCUAACAUAAUUAUAUUGAGCCACAAAACCCCAACCGUGUUACUUCGGACUUGAGCAGGAGAAAUGGAUUCCUCGAGAUCAUUGCUUUUCUUCGUUCUUCCUAGUAUCUUCAACCUUCUAGCUCCCACCCUGGCUCAAUUCGACAAUCGCACCUGCACUAGCGCAGCUGAAUACUGCUGGAUAUGUUCUGAUACUGCAGGCAACUACACACCAGGUGAUAUGUACCAUUCCAACCUCCAGAGGAUCUUCUCUUCCUUCUCAGACACCCGAAGCAGCUCUGGGUUCUACAAUUCUUCAGCGGGACAAGACUCCAACAAAGUCAAUGCCAUUGCAUUAUGCAGAGGAGACCUUGCACUUGGCGGUUGUCGCACUUGCGUCAAUGAGUCCAGUCACAUUCUCUUGCAUAAUUGUUCAAAUCAUAAGGAAGCAUGGGGAGAGGGUUGUAUGGUUCGAUACUCGUACAACGUAAUAUUUGGUAUUGAGCAAAAGGUCCCAACUAAGUUUUUGCCUGGCCCAAAUUUAGCUGAAAACGCUCAACAGUUUGAGGUGGUACUCAAUCCUUUGUUGGGUAUUUUAAGUGAGAAAGCUGCAUCAGGGAAUUCUCUUAAAAAAUUUGCGGCAGGACAUGCAACUGUCCCGAAUGCCGAAACAAUAUAUGCAUUUGCCCAGUGCACUCCAGAUAUAAACCAGCAAAACUGCAGCAAUUGCCUCAAAGAUUCCGUCUCAAUUAUUCCGGGAUGUUGCGGUGGAAAAAAAGGAGGAAGAGUUCUUAAACCCAGCUGUGAUUUAAGGUACGAGGAUGGUCUUUUCUUCGAUCCUUCCGCUGCUUCGUCAAUAAAUAUUUCAGAUCCAUCAGCACCAGCAGGUCCAGCACCAGCACCCAAAGGAGGAUCAAAUAAGAGUAAUACAAGAGAAAUUGUCAUCAUCAUCACUGUGGUUUUGGUUGCCAUCGCUAUUAUCAUGAGCAGCACAUGUAUUUUCUUAAGAAUGAGGAAACGAAGAGUAAAAUUACUUGAAGUUGAAGAUAGCGAGAAUUCAGAUCAAGUUAAUUUGUUGGAGUCGUUGCAAUAUGACUUCGAAACUAUACAAUCUGCAACAGAUGACUUCUCUGAUGUAAAUAAGCUUGGACGAGGUGGAUUUGGAGCUGUUUACAAGGGACGGCUAUUUAAUGGGCAACUUAUAGCCGUGAAAAGGCUGGCUAAUAAUUCUCAACAAGGCGAUCGUGAAUUUAAGAACGAGGUCGAGUUGCUUGCUCAGCUUCAACACCGGAAUCUAGUAAGGCUCCUUGGAUUUUGCUUGAAAUCAGAUGAAAGACUCCUCAUUUACGAAUACGUGGCUAACGCAAGUCUUGAUAACUUCAUUUUUGACCCCAAAAAUCAUGUUCAUUUGGAUUGGGAAACACGUUACAAGAUCAUACGAGGCAUUGCUCGAGGGAUCCUUUACCUUCAUGAAGAUUCUCGGGUUCGAAUUAUUCAUCGUGAUCUCAAAGCAAGCAACAUUUUGUUAGAUGAAGAUAUGAACCCCAAAAUUGCUGAUUUUGGUAUGGCCAGAUUGUUUGUUAUCGAUCAAACUCAAGGAGAUACAAGGACAAUUGUGGGAACCUAUGGAUAUAUGGCUCCAGAGUAUGUAAUUCAUGGACGUUUCUCAGUCAAAACUGAUGUCUUCAGUUUUGGUGUGUUAGUUCUUGAAAUUAUUAGUGGUAAAAGGAUUGGAAGUUUUCGAUAUGGUGAAAAUGAAGAGGACCUUUUAAGCUAUGCCUGGAGAAAUUGGAUGGAGGAAACACCUCAAAAUAUCAUAGAUCCUACGUUGACGACAAGUUCAAGAACUGAAACAAUGAGAUGCAUCCACAUUGGUUUACUUUGUGUGCAACAAAAUGUGGUUGACAGACCGACGGUGGCUUCAGUUGUAUCCAUGUUUAAUAGUCAUUCUCUCACACUUUCAGUGCCCUCACGACCUGCAUUUUAUUUGCAAGACAACGGUCGAUCAGACAUAUUGUUGACAAGAUUGACAGAGUCUAAUGAAUCGAAAAGUAGCUCCGUCUAUGUGACGCAAAAUGAGCCUUCAAAUAUUACUGAACCAUAUCCUCGCUAGUGAUGACUGAUGAACCGUAUGGGAACACAUAUAUAAAGGUUUUUUUUUUUUUUGUUUUUUUUUUUGUAG